CAGUGGGAGUAGUAGCGCUACUCGAACUAAUAAUUGGUUAGAUCUCGUGGUGUUCCCUGUUUAUUUGUAGUUUUUUCCUUCCUGUUCCUCUGUAACAUUAGACCGAUGAGAGCUGCGCGGUCGAUCCCACAUCUCCAAACUGCAUCAGCCUGAUUUAGACUAGAUGAUGGCUAGAUGAGACAGCAUAUUCUCGAGUGUGUGUGUGUGCUGUUAUAGUUGCCAAACAAAGUCUUCGCCCGACAAGGGUAUGGGAGUAUAAAGACUGGUUUGUGAAGGACUAAGUGAUGGAGCAGGGGUCAGAGGAGAACAUGGAGAGCUCAUGGACUCUGCUCUCCUGGCUGGCUUCUGGUGUGAUGGUGUUUGGAGGUGCGUUGCCCUACGUCCCCCAGUACCAGGACAUCCAGAGGACCAUUAACGCUGAGGGAUUCUCAACAAGAGUCUGUCUGGUGCUGCUUGUUGCUAAUAUACUUCGCAUUUUCUUCUGGAUAGGCAAGCAGUUUGAGCUGCCUUUGCUCCUGCAGAGUGUGGUGAUGAUUCUCACCAUGUUGGCUAUGUUACAUUUGUGCUGUUCCAUCCAGAGCAGUAACCGCGUCAGUACUAAACAGCACCACAUCACAGAUUUGGACCUUCUGUAUUUCUGGAGCUGGAGUUCUUUUGGGGACUAUUUGAUAUUUUGCUUUGCUUUCACGCUGCUGUGUGCUUUCAUAACGUUCCUCUUUCUGGACUGGGUCCUAUUUGUGGAGGCCUUGGGCUCUUUGGCUGUCAUGUUUGAAGCCAUGAUGGGACUGCCUCAGCUACUGCAGAACUACAACAAACGCUCCACCCGAGGCAUGAGUGUAAAGAUGGUGCUUUUAUGGACGGCUGGUGACAUCUUUAAGACCACGUAUUUUGUGAUCAAUGAAAGCCCCACCCAGUUCGUGGUCUGUGGUGUGGUACAGAUCUUAAUUGACAUUGCUAUUCUUCUCCAGGUGGGCUACUACGGCCAGGACACCAGAACCAAACUGGGCUGAGAUCACUACAGUAAUGAUGGUGAUCAACACUCCU